AUGUGCCUUACUAUUGGCUUUAUUAUUAUAUUAUACAUAUUCUAUCGUUUAUAUCGACAUUUUUUUCCAACACCAAACAUUGAUCCCAAUGGCAAAUAUGUUCUUAUUAGUGGCUGUGAUACUGGAUUCGGCAAUGGAUUAGCUAUUGAGCUUGAUAAACAAGGUUUUAAUGUUCUUGCUGGUGUUUUCGUUCCUUCCAGCCUAAACUCUCUUAAAGAUAUACUUUCACCAAGAGCCACUGUCUUUCGUCUUGAUAUUACUAAAGAAGAAGAUAUUAAUGCUGCAUUUGAAUUAGUCAAAGAAAAAACAAACGUCCUUCAUGCACUUGUUAAUAACGCUGGUAUUGGUACCGGUGGCUACAUCGAUUGGAUAACAUUAGAACAUAUGCACAAAAUAAUGGAUGUAAAUUUUUUUGGACAUGUAGCAAUGACGAAAAAGUUUUUACCAUUGUUAAUAGCUAAACGUGACUCUCGAGUUGUUAAUAUUACUUCAGUGAUGGGUUUAAUAACUCCACCAGGCAUGUCAGCAUACUGUGCAUCGAAACAUGCUUUCGAAUCGUUUUCUGAUUGUCUUCGUCGUGAAAUGUUUUCAUGGAAUUUACAUGUUUGUAUUAUCGAACCAGGAUGUUUACGAACGCCAAUCAUUCAAGGACAAGAUCGUAUCAUACAAGAUUUAUGGAAUGGAGUAUCAGCUGAUGUUCGAAACAGAUGGGGCAAUGAUUUUUUCGAUGAUUUACUUCAAAAAGCCGUAACAAAAAGUCCAUUUAUUAAUCGUGCUGAAGAUCCGAUCAAAGUCGUAAGAGCACUUCGACAUGCUGUUAUGAAUACUAAACCUCGUAUUCGGUAUCAGCCAGAUUUACAUGCUAAACUUUUGUUUUAUCCCGCUUCUAUGCUUCCUGCUUGGUUAUUUGAUAUAAUUGCUUCGAAAUUAAUUGGCUCAUCUCGUCUUCCUGCUGGAGUUAAAAAUCAAAUUCAAGACUAA